AUGGCGCUCGACCAGCAGCGCAAUUGGACCAUCUCCAUGGCCGAGAGCCUGCAGGCCACCAAGGACAAGACUGCCGCCGCCAAAGGAAUCCUCGAUCAAACACCAUCAUUUCCUGCCAGAGACGAUGACCCAAUCUCGCACAACUAUCACACGACUGAGCCAGCAUAUCUACCCGACGAGCUCCUCCUCGAGAUCCUAUCCUAUGUCGCCGUCACUCCCGAAGCGCAAAAGUCAUUAUACACAUGCUGUCUGCUGUCGCGACAAUGGCAUGUAGCCGCCCUGCCAUACCUAUACCACUACCCCAAGAUCUACGGCAAGAACUACGACCCCUUCUACCGCACAAUGUGUCCAUCCAUCAAUCUCCGCAUCAAAGAGAGUCCACUGGCAAGCCUCGUGAAGGUCCUCAAUCUGGGCUUGCUUGUGCACCACAGCACAAAGAGCGUGACGGCCAGAGUCUUGCGUAGGCUCGAGACGAGCUUGGAAGAGUUUGUCGCUCCACAGGCUUCCUUUGCCAUCAACAGCUAUGCCGCCCUGUCAAAGUCGCACAACCUGCGUAGUCUCGACCUGUCUCUCGUGUCUGAAGCCCAGCCCUUGGAUAUGCUGUUCAAGUCUCUCAGAUCCUUGAAGCACCUCGAGCGUCUGCGCUUCCCACGCUCUUCUGGCUUUGGUGCAAAUACCGUCGAUCCAGACUCAAUCAUCUGGCCCCAGGCUCUGAAGGAUCUUCACAUCAGUGGUGGCAUCGAUGCCAAUUUUCUCUAUGGCAUCGUCCAUUUUCCUCCUGCUCUAGAGCGCUUGACCAUCGAGCACUGUCCGCAAGCAAAGUCUCAUGCUAUUCGCCAACUACUGGCCACCCUGUCUCGCGCACAACUACCUCUCAAGGCACUCUCAUUAUCACACCUACCUCGUCUGGGCAUAAGCUCUCUCGAUCCCGUGCUAGGUCUAUUUCCGGAUCUCGAGGAACUCAGCGUCAGCGUCGACUACAUCACUCCUGCAAUCUUCAAUCCCGACUUCCAAGAGUGGGGCUCAGACGAAAAUCCAAACUUCACCAACCACAAGCUUCGCAUGCUAUCAUUCACAAAUUCUGGCAAUCCUGGCGUCGACGACAAAUUCUCUCCAAUCGAUGUACUCCUGACACUCGACGAGGGCUCUUUCCCGAAUCUGCGUAAAGUCAAGAUUGCAAAGAGCUUGGGGUGGGAGCGUGGUGAUACCAGAGACGAGACCGAAGCUCUCAUUGAUAGACUGGUGGAGCUUGGGACACAAGAUUAUCAGGAUAAGACAGGUGUAUUCGCCGACAUGACCACAUCUCAAUGGAAGAUCGCUAAUUGGAAAGACUGGGCUGGUGUUUGGAUCAUUGACUGA